CGACCAGCUCCAUUGCCAACGCAACAGUUCCGAUCCUCCACACCAGCACCCGCCGCCGCCGCCUCUUCCCUUGCGCACCUGCUGCUGUGCGGAUCGGUGAGGCGGAGGAGUAGGAUGGCGAGCGCGGCCGGAGGCGGAGCGGCGGGGGAAGGGGAGUGGCUUAAGGUAUCCCAGCUCAGGCCCAUGGUGGAAGCGCAGGACCCCAACGCCAAGUAAUCGCUGAAAGACUUCAGAAACUGAUUGGAGGAGGCCGGUGCGCAUGCAGGCAGUGGACAACCUGACGCUGCGUCGGUUCCUGCGCGCGCGCGACCACGACGUGGACAAGGCCUCCGCCAUGUUCCUCAAGUUCCUCAAGUGGCGGAGGGAGGCGGCGCCCGGCGGCUCCGUGCCGGAGGAGCAGGUGAGGAGGGAGCUGUCGCAGGACAAGCUGUGCAUGGGCGGCGUCGACAGGGCCGGCCGCCCCAUCCUCGUCGCCUUCGCGGCCAGGCACUUCUCCGCCGGCCGUGACAUGGCAGAGUUCAAGAGUUUUGUUGUCUACUUCUUCGACAAGAUCUGUGCCAGAAUCCCCAGAGGGCAGGAGAAAUUCCUCUGCAUCGUUGAUCUCAAGGGCUGGGGGUACUCAAACUGUGACGUCCGGGCAUACAUUGCCGCUAUAGAGAUCUUGCAGAACUACUACCCGGAGCGGCUCGGCAAGGCGCUGAUGAUCCACGUGCCCUACAUCUUCAUGAAGGCGUGGAAGAUGAUCUACCCCUUCAUCGACACCAACACCAGGGACAAGUUCGUGUUCGUGGAGGACAAGAGCCUGCAGGAGACGCUGCGGCGGGAGAUCGACGAGGGGCAGCUCCCGGAGUUCCUCGGCGGCAAGAUGGACGUGAUCCCACUCAAGGACUAUGGCGUGCAGCAGCAGCCUCAGGCCGUGUAAUAGCCAUGCCAUGCGUAGCAUACACGAGUUGUGGCUAGGAGCAUAGCAUGGCAAUAACUGUGUAGCUGCUGUGAAAGUGAAAAUGAAACGUUGCGCUGUUUAGCCGGGUCAAUUGACCAGCCCAACUGCAGAUCUCUGGGCUACCACUAUGAACAGCAAGAACUGUUUCCCUUAUCCUUUUCAGCCAAACUAAUCAAACCAGAAAAUGUUUCUUGUAUGACUGCUAAUUAAAAUGUACUCAAUGAUUACAAAUGUCGAA